AUGCCGAGAAAGGACUGGACGGUGCUCGCUCUCCUUAUCUCGUCGAUGAUCAGGAAGGAACUAGGGCACCAAUAUGCCGUAGUCGCUGUAGGGAAUUCAAGGGCCGUGACGACUAUGGCCGUAGGGAAGGGGCGCCGCGACGACAAAGGCUUCAAGGAGGCCUUGACCACGCUAGCUGCUGGUGCUGGUUGUAGGGAUCGGGGGGCCCUCCACCACGUUCUUCGCAAGGAGACAGCGCAUGGGGGAAGAAGAGAGGCCACGGGAGAGAAGGAGCUGCGACAGGAGCUACAGGCCGCGACCUCUACGUGA